AUGAGAUUGUCUCUGUUUUUGCUGUCGGCGAUUGUGGCCUCCUGCCAUGCAUUUUCGCAGCAGCUACAAGGCAGUCCGCCACACUGUAUCAAUCUCAAGUGCAAGGUGAAGCAGUCGUUUCGAGAUGAAUUUCUGGCACUGGUCAAAGACAACCAGAUUCGGACACUGGAAGACGAACCCGAUGCCCUCGAAUACGUCGUUGGUGAAGACGUGGAAGAACCCAAUGUGUUUUACAUUCAUGAGCAGUUUGAAACACUAGAAGCCUUUGCUUUUCACAGAGAAACUCCGCACAAUAAAAAUUGGCAGAAAUUCAAGACGAACGAUCCAUUUUCCGAGCAACCCGUAGCCUCCUUCUACGACGGCACGCACAAGGCGACCAAGGUACCCAUUCGAGACGCCUAUUGCCUAAAUGUUCAACUUUGUGUUGACCCCAAGUAUAGAGAGGAGUUUUUGGAGGUUAUCGCGAAUAAUGCAAGGGGGAGCAUCGAAGAAGAGCCAUUGUGCCUGCAGUACGUGUGGGGAGAGGACUGUGCCAUUCCCAACACAUUUCACUUUCAUGAGCAAUACGUUGGAUCUGAAGACGGAAAGGAGGGCUUUGUAGCUCACAGCAAGACAAAGCACUUUGAGGCAUGGGAAAAUUUUGUGACCAAGGAUCCAUUCACAAAGCCGCCAGUAGUGCAAUUCUACAAGACCCUGUAG